UUCACUUCACUUCAGUUCAAAGAUUAUAAGCUUCAACCAUGGCUAAGUCUGUGCUUAUUUCUCUCUGUCUACUUGUUCUGUUUCAUGGCUCAUUGGCUUACCACCAAUAUCAGCAGCAGCAAAACCAGUGCCAGCUCGACAGGCUCAAUGCUCUCGAGCCGGAUAACAGUGUUCAAUGUGAAGCUGGUACCGUUGAGUCGUGGAACCCGAACCGUGACGAGUUCCAGUGUGCUGGUGUGGCUGUUGUUAGGCGUACGAUUGAGCCUAAGGGACUCUUGCUUCCAUCUUACAGCAAUGCUCCUCAGCUUAUUUACAUUGUUAAAGGUACGGGUAUGACUGGAACCUUGUUCCCUGGAUGUCCUGAAACAUUUCAAGAAUCUGAAGAGUUAUCAGGAGGCCGUAGCGGCAGCAGCAGGACCCGAGAUCAACACCAAAAAAUUCAUCAUUUCCGUCAAGGCGAUAUCAUCGUUCUGCCUGCCGGAGUUGCUCACUGGUGCUAUAAUGAUGGCAAUGAACCUGUUAUUGCUGUUUCUCUUCUUGAUACUACCAACUCUAACAACCAGCUUGACAUGAAUCCAAGAAACUUCUAUCUAGCCGGCAACCCAGAAGACGAGUUCCAAAAAUUCCAAAGCGGUGGUGAGCGUUCCCGGGGAAGCCGUAGCGAGAGUCAACGGGGCUCUUGCAACAAUCUCUUCUGCGGACUUGAUUCUAGGCUCAUUUCUGAAUCAUUCAACAUUGACGAGCAGUUAGCUAGAAAGCUUCAGAGCGAAAACGAUAACAGAGGCAGCAUAGUGAGAAUUGAAGGCGGACUCCGCGUGGUGAGGCCACCGAGGACUGAACAAGAGAGAAGAGAGCAAGAAGAGCGCGGGAGAGAAGGACGUUCCAUUAAUGGCCUUGAGGAAACUUUCUGUACGAUGAGGAUUAGAGAAAACAUUGCUCAUCCCUCUCGAGCUGAUGUGUAUAUCCCAGAAGUUGGCCGAGUUAGUACUCUUAAUAGCCAUAACCUUCCGAUUCUCAGGAACCUCCAACUCAGCGCUUCCCAUGUUGUUCUCGAAAAUAAUGCUGUGAGACUACCCCACUGGCACGUUAAUGCCCACAGCAUCUUAUACGCAAUAAGAGGCCAAGCCAGGAUUCAGAUCGUCAACGAAAAUGGUAACAGCGUCUUCGACGGAACUGUGAAGGAACGACAAGUCCUAAUAGUGCCACAAAACUUUGUGGUGGUGAAGCGAGCAGAGAGCGAGAGAUUCGAGUAUGUCACCUUCAACACCAACGAUAAUGCGAUGACAUCUGAUCUAGCUGGCCGAACCUCUGCCAUCCGAGCCAUGCCUAUGGAGGUGCUCGCAAAUGCAUUCCGGGUUUCGUUGGAGGAGGCGGAGAGGAUCAAAUUUGGAAGACAAGAGACAACCCUAACUAGGUCGAGCUCUCGGUCCGAAAGGCGGGCUACUGCUUAAUGAAGAUGUUUAAUGCUAUGUAUAAAUGUAGUUCAAAUAAGAUGAGAUUAGAGACUGUAUUAUGCAAGUGUUGGAAAUAAAAUAAAUGAAUGUAGAAAUGGAAUAAAUAUGUAACCUCAACGGAAAUAAUGCAGUUACCUCUUUCUCCAAAA